AUGUGUUUGGACAUGUCAUGUGGUGCGCCUGGCAUCCCAAGUCCGAUCCCACCGCGGAGCCCUACCGCCAUCCCGCUGUGGUCGCCACUGCUCGCGUUACAGGCUUGCCGGAUCAGAAGGUAUCUUAGCGAUGAUUGCAUGACUUAUCAAAAUCGCCAUCUUCUUCACUCUGAACGGCGUAGGUGCGGCGUUUGCCUCGCAUCCUUCCCUUCAGCUUGGUUAUUGGAAAGACACGCUGCACUUCAACAUGCUUCGCAAACAGCUUGUGAAGAUAAGCCAUUCGUUUGUGAACAGUGUGGACAAAGUUACCGAUAUAGAUCCGCUUAUGUCAAGCAUCGUGAACAAAAUCACCGAGCGAGACUGCCGGCGGAUAAGUUAUUUACAUGUGAUGUCUGCGGCAUGCAAUUUAGAUACCUAAAAUCUUUCAAAAAACAUCGUCUCAAUCACACCUUGGAAAGGCUUCACACUAAGAACACUGACCCUCCAGAAGAACCAGUGUCUAGCACCAAUGAAGUCUUAAUAGGACAAUGUGGGGAAAUGGAUUUAUCUCUCAAGAAGAGAAACAGAAAUGAAUCCACAAAAAGCCCGCCAAUUGAAGUUAUAGGUGAUGCGGAACAAGAUAGCACCGUAGAUUCUAAUGGCGCCACUGAUUCAAUCGUUACCGUCGAUGACUCCACUGACUGUCGAAACUCCAGUGCUGAAAGUGAAAUUAGGAGAGAUGAGGAUGCCGCCCCCGAAGAAAGAAAACGGGUUCCCGUUUCGUUCGCCAGCAUCAGCUCUAUGGCAGACAGCUCUGAAAGCGAAUCGAGAGGUGACGUUAGCAAAAUUGAGACAUCCAGUGCACAUUCAGGUAUCCUCGGAUUUUUGCAAAACGACGACAGACAAAGAGAUAGGGAGAGAAGAUUCGCGUGCCCCUUUUGUGGCAAAUGCGUCAGGUCAAAAGAAAACUUGAAAUUGCACGUUCGAAAGCACACUGGGGAGCGUCCGUUUGUGUGUCUAUUUUGUGGAAGGGCUUUUGGUGGGAAGAGCGAUUUGACCCGUCACUUGCGCAUACACACGGGUGAGCGCCCUUAUCACUGCGAAGCGUGCGGUAAGUGCUUUGCGCGAGCCGACUAUCUCUCGAAGCACCUCACCACACACGUCCACAACGCACGUUGA